AUGAAUGGAUCCGCCAUUUCAGAGUUCAUUCUGCUGGGCUUCUCCUGCUCCGGCAUUUCUCACUUCUUCCUUUCCUCUUUGGUCUUGGUCUGCUGCAUCACCAUUCUUCUGGGCAACUUCCUGAUCAUGGUGACGGUGCGAUCCGAGCCCCGGCUCCUCCACUGCCCCAUGUAUUUCUUCCUAGCCAACCUGUCUCUCCUAGAUGUGUCCUUGGGUUCAGUGGCUGCUCCAAAGUUAGCAGUUGACUUGUUAAACUGCGGCCACACCAUUUCCUAUGGGGGUUGCAUGGCCCAGCUUUUCUUCCUCCACUUCUUUGGGGGUGCUGAGAUGCUCCUCCUCACGCUCAUGGCCUACGACCGCUACGUGGCCAUCUGCCACCCACUGAGGUACAUGGCCAUCAUGGACCGGCAACUCUGCUUCAGGCUCCUCCUGCUUUGCUGGGCAGGAGGCCUCCUUCAUUCCACCAUUCAGAUGGUGGCAGUUGCCCAGUUACCAUUCUGUGGGCCCAACGUGCUGGACAAUUUCUACUGUGACAUCCCACAAAUGAUCGCACUAGCUUGUACGGAGACUUCCGCUGUUGAGAUUCUCAUGGUGGUCAAUAGCAGCCUGUUAACUCUGCCCUGUUUCCUGGCCUUGUUGGUUUCCUAUGCCACAAUCUUGGUCGCCUUCUGUGGCCGCUUUGGGAAGGCAGGCAGGAAGGCUUUUUCCACUUGCAUCUCCCACUUGAUGGUGGUCAGCCUCUUCUACGUGCCUUGUGUCUUUGUGUACCUGAAGCCCUCCUCCAGCUCCCAGGUGGACAAGAUAGCCUCCGUGUUCUACAUGGUGGGCACCCCUGCCCUCAAUCCCCUUAUCUAUGCUCUGAGGAACCAAGAGAUUAAGGAGGCCAUGGGGAAAUGGAAGAGCAAGCAAAAACUAUUCCCGAUUGCUGCAAAUAGAGUACAUGUGUGA